AUGCAAAACUGGGAGAGCCGAUUUGCAGAGCAGGCGAAGGUUGUGAAGGUCGCCGUGGACAAGGCCUUGGAGCUGGACAGAGAGUACACCUCCAUCGACGAGAGGGUUCAGGCUGUGAAGGAAGAGCGGCACCAGCUCUUGCGGAAGAAGGACGCCGCGGAGAACUCCAUGCAGUUGAUCCAUGAGCAGCAGGAGCUGCUGUCCAAUCUCCUGGGCCAUCUCGAAAACGAGCUGGACCUCGGCUCGACUGCCAAGAAGUCGCGAAGUGCGGUCAGGUUGGAGGAGCGCGUCAUGGGGCUGGGCCAACAGCUCGACGAGCUCACCAGACAGGCGCGGACGUUGGCUGACCAGAUCAACCACCAGGGCAGCUGCGACCCGGUGGCGCAGAUGGCGCAUUUGCUGGAAGCCCAUCAGAGCAACCUGGAUGCCGUGCAGGAGCGGCUGGAUGCCACCGAGAAGAAGUUGCGGAUGGUCGAGGCCUUCGUCUAG